AUGACAAAUACCCCGCCAAACAACGCCCAAAUGCAGCCGCCUUUGAAUGUCGAGCAGAUUGCUCGUCAAGCUAGCGAAUUUGAGUUUGACCCUUUCUCUCCAUUGCGGUACUGGAUACGAGCAGCGGGUUUGCUUAUUAAAGAGGCCAGCAUCUAUGAACGUGAGGGGAACGAUCAACAGGCAUAUCUUCUUCUCUUCAGACACGCGCAACUAGUACUCUCACACAUUGCAACUCACCCCGAUGCACGACAAGAGGAUAAUCGCAAAGCUGUUGCGGCAGCCAAAAGGGAAGUUCAGAGAAACCUGAGCAAGCUUGAGCUGCUGAAGCCCCGCAUCAACAAGAGAUAUGAGCGUUACGUCCAGCUUCUCCGAGGAAGAGAGGCCAAAAAGACAACAUCGCUAUUGGGAAACGAUGGCGUUGCGAUUGCGAAUGCUCCGGUUGAUCCCGCAUUAGCCGGUAUAGCUGAGCCUUUGGAAGCCGCUCAGAAUAAGGAAUUGGCUGUGAAACUUGCCCAGAGGGAAUUCAACCGAAGGGCAACAGCUCGAACGGCAACUCAAACUAGAGACCCGUAUGCGAAAGAUAUAUUGGAAACCUAUGGAAUCGAAGACUUCCAUGAGAGCCAUGAUGAUGAGCCGGCAGACGACCUUAGCCGACGCCUUCAGAAUAUUAGGUCCAAAGUCCCAAAAACCCAGCGGGUGGAGCGGAGAUUGCCCUCAGCCCCCCAUCGCCCCGUUUCAGAGUCUCAAGGCGACCUACAAACGGCUCCCAUACCCCAGCGGCUUUCUGAUAUGGGAAAGCUAUCUAGUUAUAAAUACCCCAAUAUACCUCGUCAACCGGCUUUUGAUAUCGGCCAGCAACCACCGCCCGUGCCUAGUAAGGAGCCUGCAACAUCCAGCUCAUCUCUUCCACCUCAACUCCCUGCCAAAGUUAAAGAUUCUAUUCCUUCACCUUCAGAGUCUGUUACCAGCUCUCCCCUUCCUGAAGCGAUAUGUCCCCCAAUCCCAAAGAAAGGAUUGCUUUCUUCUACCUCCGCAACAGAUGGCAACGUAACCCCGCCGGCGGAUCUCCAAAAAUUUACAUUCAAACCAUCAGCAUAUCUUGAAAAUGGCACCCCUCUCCGAACUAUCUUCAUAUCUCCUGACCUCCGAAAACAAUUUCUCUACAUCGCUGCCUCAAAUACCAAGUGCAAUCUUGAAACCUGUGGCAUCCUGUGUGGAACAUUAAUAUCCAAUGCCUUUUUCAUUUCCAAACUUCUAAUCCCCGAACAGGAGUCUACAUCAGAUACCUGCGAAAUGGUCAACGAGGGAGCCAUUUUCGACUACUGUGAUUCCGAAGAUUUAAUGGUUCUUGGUUGGAUACAUACUCAUCCAUCGCAGACCUGCUUCAUGAGCUCGCGUGAUUUGCAUACUCAUUCCGGCUAUCAAGUAAUGUUAGCGGAAAGUAUUGCGAUUGUUUGUGCACCGAGCAAGGACCCUGACUGGGGCGUGUUUCGGCUCACGGACCCACCUGGUUUGAAAUCCGUGCUUGCCUGCUGUGGCGCAGUGGUGUUUAGACUUUAA